CUUUCCAUCAUUCCUUGUAUUCCCAAAACUAACUUGAACCAAAGACAUGCUGGCUCCUCACUGCCGCGUGCUAUUGCUCAUCCUUACUCAACAGUGUUUUUGGAGGGUUCUGGUCAAUGGGCAGCAUCUGGUUCAUCGUCAUGGAAGUGACCACGUUAUGGCUAAGAGGCAGCAGUUCUGUCAAUGGCCCUGCAAGUGUGGGCAAAUACCUCAGUGUACACCAGGAGUGAGUUCUGUGCUGGAUGGGUGUGGCUGCUGCAAGAGUUGUGCUCAGCAAAUUGGGGAUCCCUGCAACGAAAGGGACAUCUGUGAUAUUCACAAGGGAAUGUACUGUGACUUCUCAGCUGACCAUCCAAGAUAUGAAAUUGGAGUAUGUGCCUACUUAAUGGCAGUUGGCUGUGAUCUUAACGGGGCCCACUAUGAGAACGGAGAAGCGUUCCAGCCGAGCCCCCUUUACAAGUGCACAUGCAUUGCAGGCGCCAUUGGCUGUACUCCUGCAUUCUUGCAGAAGCCUGCAGGUCUUUUGGACCCCACCCCGCUGAUGGGAAACCUGCCAGCAAGCCUUCAUAGCAGCAAGAUUUCAAAGAAACAUGCACAGGAUACAAUCUACAUGUCAGCUUACAGGGAUCCUCCUUUGGCCUGGAAAAAAAACUGUCUGAUCCAAACUACAUUCUGGAGCCCCUGUUCCAAGUCCUGUGGCUUGGGCAUCUCUGUGCGUGUCAACAAUGACAACCACAAAUGUGAGAUGAGGAAGUACAUGCGUCUGUGUCUGCUCCGCCCCUGUAAGAACAAUGUGAUGAACAGCACUCAGGUGCCAAAAGGAAAAACAUGCCAACCCCAGUUCCAGGCAAAAAGGGGGGAAAGGUUUGUGCUCUCAGGCUGUACAAGUACCAAGAGGUUCAAACCCACAUACUGUGGUUUCUGUGCUGACAAGCGCUGCUGUUUCCCCAACAAGUCAAGAAUGAUCAUGAUCAACUUCAAAUGCACAGGAGGCGCUAAGAUAGAAUGGAAGAUGCAGUGGAUAACAUCUUGUGUUUGUCAAAGGAAAUGCAAUGAUUCAUCCGACAUGUUUUCAGACCUGCGUUUAAUGUAACCAAUGCAGCCUUCAAGAUAGAGAUGAUAAUAUAGCGCACGCUGGUGUAAUGGAUAUUGGCUCGACUCACCUAUUCUGCUUUGCAAACUCCACUCCACAAUACCCCAUUAUUCCUGGAA